AUGAAAACGAAAAAUAUAUUAUCUCCGACGAGAUUAUUCAGCAAGAAGAACAGUUCCGCCAACACGACGACGACGGACAAGGAAAUAAACAAGGAGGCGACUACAACCACAAAGGUAAAAAGCGACGGUUGGCAUAGCAAAUGGAGCAUUAAAGCUAAGAAACACCAAGUUGACAACGAAAGCGUUGCGAAUUUAAAGAACGAGGUUGAAAGGUUUAGAAGCGGCGAAGCGAACGUGAAAAAAGAACUCGAAGCUACCAAAGACCGGCUUGACGCCACCCACCACGAGCUAGUCGACGCCAAGAAACAGCUUAGUCAGGUAACUGACUCUUUACAGGCUGACUUGGCACGUGCAAGGGAAACCAUUCAAGAACUCCAGACGAGGUUGACCUCCACUAUCGACGAACUUGAAAGAUCCAAUUCCUUACUCCGGAGUAAAAAUUCUUCCCUCAUUUCAAAAGAAUCCCUCCUCAGGAGGACUGAAGAUCGUUUGGAAAGAACAAAAGCCGACCUCGAAGAAUUAAAACUUACCCUACAAAAAGCUAACAAUGCUCUUCAAAUUAAAGAUAAAUCGUUAGAAGACGCACAGAACGCCCAUAAACAGGCCUCUAUCGCGCUUCAGAACAAAGAUAAGGCACUUGAAGAUGCCCAAUCUUUGUUAAAGCAAACGAAAGCAACCCUAGAAAAUGUGAAUGGUGCUUUCCGAACCAAAGAUAAAGCUCUUGAAGACAUGAAAGCACAGCUUACUAAAGCCGGUCUAGAAUUAAAACAAACAAAAGCAGAUUACGAAUCCACAAAGAAACAAUUUGAAAGCGCCAAACUUGAAUUGGAACAAACGAAAGUUGCAAUAAACAAUUCGCGAAAUCAAUUGAAUGAAUCACUUGCCCAACUUGAAGAAUCAAAUCGUGCAUUGGAUACCACUAAAUCUUCUCUCAAGGAUGCUCGCAACGAUCUUGGCGAGGCAAAUCGAGAAAUCGAAAAAACCCGAUCGACACUACUCGAACUGUCUAAUCAACUUGUAUUCACAAAACAAGAACUUGAAGAAAUCAAAGCAUUAAAUAAAGAUUAUUCAGCUCAGAUUGUUCAAUUGAACCGAGAACUUGAAGAAGCAAAAUCUGCGGCUAAAGACGCUCCUGCACAACUUGCUCAAAUGAAACAUGAACUCGAACAAACUAAAGCAGAACUAAAAAAAUCCGAUGCGUCACGUAAUGAAGCGACACGUGAUUUACAAAUUAGCCAAAAGGCAUUCCAAGAGCUCACGUCUCAACUGGGUGAACUUCAUCGCACUUUGGAUGAGACAAAAUCUUCAUUAUCAACCUCGAAUUCUGAACUUUCUCGCACAAAAGCCGCAUUAGCAUCAAAGGACGAAGCUUACGCUCUAGCAUUGCAAAAUAAAGAAGAAGAAUCACAUACACUAGCAGAUUCACUUCGAGCUGAAAUUGUCAACCUAAAAAAUCAAACUGAUACCAGUAAAAUACAACUCGAGAGACAAAAGAAACAAAUUACAGCAAAUGCUCAGACAAUAAAACAAUUACAAAGUGAAAACAAGAAUCUUACAAAGAAAAAGGGCGAAGAUUUAAAGAAACACCAUGAAAUUGAAGCAGAAAAUGCAAAAUUACGUCAAAAAAUGCAAUCACAAAGAUACUCUUUAAUAGCGCGCGAAAUCGAAGAAGCAAAACACGAACUUGAACAAUUACGAACGGAUAAUGCCCGUCUACAGAAAUCAUUAGAAGAAAUGGCAGCUGAAAUAUCCUCGAAUGGUUUCCGGUCUCGAACAACAAGUACAAGUUCAACAAAAUCUUCGAUCAGUUCCAGAUCAUCACGCUCAACCAAUGUCACAAUCAACACAGCGCCAACAACGCCAUCUCUUCCAUCGACUCCCAUCCUGACUAAAACUCCUAAUGUCUCUACCGCAACAAAGAAUUCCAAUGCGAGUAAUGCUGCAGCAGAGCCUAAUAAACCAGCGGAUGAGAAUGAAGGCUGGAAGACUGUCACCAAACCGAAGAAACACAAAAAUAACAAAAACCAUAAAAAUAAUUACAACCACGGAAACAAUCGUCGGCGGCAAGUAGUGUCCAUGUGGAUGUAA